AUGGAACCCGGAGGCAAAGUCGACAUCCAGCCUGGGCCCAAUGACCUCCACGGCUCGUUUGCCAAUCUGGGUGUUGGAUCCAACCCACCGCUGUGUAGCGUCAAGACGCACAAGAUGGAUCUGGUCGUACUGACAACUGUCCCGGACGAGGUUGUUAGCACGGCACAGUCGGCCCUGCAGCAGCUCUCCAAGGUGAUCACGGGCGACAGCGCCAGAGAGCCGUCUUACAGGCUCCACCUGACUCGGUCAACGUCGCUGUACGUGGCCAAGACGCGCAUUGCUGGCGUCCGAGGCUCUCAUCUCCACCGGCUGAAGCCCUUUCCGGGACUUUUAUUUUCCAUCCGGUUCUUGCCUCAGCCCGAAUUCGUUGUGCUGACGAAGGAAGGUCGUGUGGAGGAGGUGAACAACCCAUACCAGGCCACGAUUAGCUUUGUAGAGGAUGCAAUCAACAAAGCCUUGGAUGUCGUCUUGGAAUUUGCGAGCGAGCGCUGGCGAGAACCGCUAUAUGGCACUGCUGAGAAACCCCAUAUCGCUGGCACUGCACAACUGAUUCAUUGGGUUCAGAUCUUCAUCGAUAACACGGUCAAAGUCGUCACAGACAAAGUGUACAAGCAGGUGCGCGGCGAGAUUGACGGCUUCUUUGACGCCCUUGCCAAGCAAGUGGGCACGCAGACUGUCAAGGACUACUCACCUCCAGUCCCACUCCCACCGACAAAUGACUCGAGAGUGCUCCGAUUUGCGGGGCCUAACCUCAACCCAACCUUAGGUGGAAUACCGGACAAUAUGAGCAUUAUGCCUUCUAGGGCCCCUCUCGAUGCCGGGGUGAUUGUGUUCGAAAAUGGGAUGACAAAAAUCGAGACUGCCAUACAGAACGCCUUCUCCAGCAUGGAAUUCCAAAGUGCUUGGGAUUCUAUGGUGAAUUUAGUGGAGAGCAUGGUCGGUCUCGAUGUGUUGAAUGGAACUCCCGUCGCGGAGCCCCUGUAG